AUGUCCGAAGCCAGAGCACAAGCACCGCCGACGGCGCCACCCGACUUUCCUGCUCCCAAGGUAUCGGAUGGACGUCGAACUGCAGGUCAUGUCCAGGUGCCAGAUCCAACCACUGAGGAUGCAGGUCCCCUGGAGAUGAGUUGGAAGGUGGUCUCUGCUGGCGCCCUUGUCGAACCCAGCCCUACCAAGUUGAGACGAACUUCUAGCAUUGCAGGCAAUAUCUUGGUAGCAGAAACAGGAAAUGGCCAACAGGCAUUCUGGUUGCAGCGCAAGCUGACAGAAGAAAGCCGCUCCCACAACUAUGUGAGAAUAGGGUUUCCACUUCAACCUGUUCUAUUGGAAGGGGAACAAAUGCAGGGGGCGUGGACCGUGACCAAAUCGGAAGGUGGCCAAUAUCCCUUUGAGAUGGUCGCGAUCAAGGUACAAGCACACACCAAUGUGUUCCCCGAGGUAGAAGAAGAAGAGACGGCCAAAAAGGCGGACGAAGCAGGCGAGAAGAAUGGGGAUGAAAAAGAGGGAGAGGAAAAAGCCAGCAAAAUGGCCCGAGAGAAAAAUUCCAUGAAUGAAAUAUCGGCACUGCAAAUGGUCAAAGCUGCUGAUCCUGACAGUAUUGGAAAUGUACUUGGAGCCGAGUGUGUGGUUAGCGAUGAAGUCUCUGUUUACAUCGUUAUGCCCUACUGUAAAGAGGGAAGUCUGUUGGACAAGGUUGGGGCCAGUGGGAAGAAUGGAAGACUCGAUGAAGUGGAAGCACGAAAGUAUUUCGUCAAUAUUCUCAAUGGAUUGGCCACAUUGCAGAAAGUGAAUCUUUGUCACCGCAGCCUCACUCUAGAGAAUAUGUUGAUCCGUGGAGACCAAUGUCUGAUCUCGAGUAUGGGUUGGUGCUUGAGGAUCCCGACAUCGGAGGACGGCAGUGUCAAGCAUUUGUUAGAACCCCAGCUUGCUUGUGGAAAGCGACCAGAAUAUAUUGCCCCUGAGGUCUUCCGAAAUGAAGCCUUCGAUGGAUUUGCUGUGGAUCUUUGGGCUGCUGGGGUUAUGCUUUAUCUAAUGCUUUUUGGAAAUGACAUGCUGUUCUCAGCGCCCAUCCCAGAAGAUCCGAAAUUCCAGGAAAUUUGUAUGCAUGGCAAUCUAAAGUCAGCCAUUGACAAGUUCCAAGCGCUGGUUCCCGAGGAGAAACCUGUAAGCGAGGAAGCAAUUGAUCUCUUGCAGAGCAUGCUGCGUGCUGAUCCUGCUGAGCGGUUGACACUGUCACAGAUCCAAGAUCACCCAUGGGUGAAGGCUUCGGUAGCCUCCCCUGAGGCAAAACCGGCUACUUAG